UCCCUUUAAUCAUUGUUUUCAUUUUGUAAACAUAAUUCCUUGUUUGUGAUCGGAUUAAAGAUUAAUAAAUAGUGUACAGGGUGAAAUAGGGUGUGUUUACAUGUAAGUGUUACACUACACUUGUCUUAAUUACCCGGAUACGGAUGUGGUGUUGUGUAUUUCAAAAUAUUAACUUCGAAUUUUUAAUACCUGUCCUAUGACGCUAAUCAAUAUACAAUUCUUUUAACGAUGGAGGGUGGUACAAUAAAAAUUAUUGUGAUAGCAGUUUUGGCUGUACUUGGAUUAGCAGCUAUUCUUAUUAUAUCUUCAUUUAGUUAUUUGGAUUAUUGGGAGUAUGGAUUAAAACGACAAAAGUCAACAGGAAGUGUUGAUAAAACAGAGAUAUAUGACAGUGGCAGGUAUUUCGUCGGUCCAGAUUUUGAAUUUAAAGUUUUUCCUUCGGAUCUGCACUAUGUUGAAUUGGAGGAUGCAAAAAUAUUUACCUCUGAUAAACUUGAAGUUGACGUGACAGUUAAUUUCCAAUAUGUUAUUCGUAAAGAUGAAUUAAUCUCUCUGCAUGAUACUUAUGAUUUGGAAUAUGAAGAAAUCAUGAAAUCCAGUGCUUUGGAUGCCUUGAAGGGUGCAAUAACUGUGUACACGACGAGAGAACUUAUUAACAACAGAGCCGUUAUAGAACAAACAGUCUGGAAAUCCGUCAGGGAAAGACUUGGUGGCACUUGUUGUAACAGUUACUGUGGACGUUCAAAUCCAUUGUGUUCUACCUGUAAAGUAGUGUGUACAGACUCGGACAAAGGAUUGAAUGUUGAAGUGAAAUAUUUCCAGUUAAGGAGAAUUAGGAUUCCUAGAGAUGUUGAGAAACAAUUUAUACAGGCAUUAGUAUUGCAGGAGCAAAAUGAAGAAGAAAAGCUUAAACAAGACGCUGUUGUCGUUAGAAAGGAAACAAGUCAAAAGGUCCUUGUGAUUGAGAAUGAGGCAAAAGAAAUAAGUCAGAAUGCAACAGCCCAGGCCACAUUGAUAGGAUCGAUUGCUCAGGCUAAUUAUACAGCCAUCUUGGAGUCAGCUCGUUCAGAUGGAUUAAAACAAGCAUUCAUAGACUUAAAUUUUAACCAACAAGAGCAUAAAAAUAGUUUCGAUUACCUUCGGACAAUACGUGGACAAGAUAAUACUCAUCUGACAGUUAACUUUCAGCAAAAAAUUGCAGGAAACCUUGGCUCAAACUAACCGUGUGAUUUAUUCAAUGUUUUAAUACCCCUAUCUACAAUAGUAGAGGCAUUAUGUUUUCUGGUGGGUGUAUUCGUUCUGUUUCCUUAAUAAAAAUGGACAAUCCGACAUUAUGAUGUGAACUUUGAAAAAAAAAUAUGCCAUAUUAAGAGAUUGACCAAAACGUCAUGGUUCAGCUAUCAGGUUAAAAUAUUGGUUCGAGGUAGUUUACCAUGAAGUUGUGGUCAAAUCAUCUUGAAACUUAUAAAUGUUCAUUUAUAUAAUAGAUUUUUUUAGGUAUAUACCAAAUUAAGGUUUCCACACAGACCUCACAGUUAAAUUUUUCCUUUAAGAUUUUAAGAUUAAAGUGUUGGUUUAAGGAACUUAACCACAAAGUUGAGGUCACAUCAUUUGAAACCAGGUACACAUGUUCAUAGUGAACUUUUCUAAAAUUUAUGCUAAACCAGAGAUAGAUUACCUUAGCUAUAUUUGGCAAAACAUUUCGGAAUUAUGGGUCCUCAAUGCUCUUCAAUUUCGUACAUUAUUUGGAAUAUUGUAAUUUUCUAAUUCGAGCAUUACUGAUGAAUCUAUUGAAGACGAAAACUCGGGUUUGGUGUACAAAAUUCUAUUCCUGGUAUCUAUAAUGAGUUAAUUUUCAAGUCAAGACAUAUCUCUGUCAACAGUUUAUCAUAUUAAAUAUAGUUAUUACUAUGUCACUGAUAAUAUAUAAUUUUUUAUUUCAGUACAGAAACAUUUUUUAACAACAACCAACCAUGUGAUACAUAAUUUUUGUAAUGUCGUAGAUUUAAAGUGUGUCCCUGAAACUCUAUAUAUCUGUUCAUGUGAUAACAGUUGUAUGUUACCCUUUAAUGAAUCCAAAAUGUUAUCAAACAAUUUAGAAUGAGCAUAUUCAAAAGUUUCUUCACUGGAAAAUUUACUUGAACCAAACAAAAAAAAAAAGCAUGUGUGAUUGCUUUUAUAUUAAUGUUAACGCACAGUUAUUGUUGUUGUUUUGCUGAAAUUUAUUGUAUUUAAUGCAUUUGUUGAAAAUCACACGUUUGAAAUGGAAUUGGAGCCAAUAUUGUAUAAAUCGUCUUAAAAUUUAUUAUAUUUGUAACAGAAUAGAAUCGUUGAAAUUUGUGUUAACAUAUCAAUUGCAAAGACUAAGUUUGAGUUUUUCCUAACACGUUUACACAUGUAGUUUUUAAAUGUUGGUUAUAAAACUUUAACCUUUUGUGUUGUGAAGAACAAGUUAUUUUUCAGGUUUUUAUUUUUGCGAUUUUUUAUUUUUUCCCCCAAAUUCAUUCAAAUGUAAGGUAUUUAAAGUUAUGGUAAACCAAGGAAAUCCACCACUCAUGUUUGUGUGUACAAUAUAUAGGUACUUUUAUAUAACUGUUACUUUUAUAUAAUUGUUUUAUAGUAAGUUAAAUUGUUAAAAAUCCAUAUGAAUGUACUGAUGUGUUUUUAGAUUUUAAGAAUAUCACUUUGAUUUGGACAAAAGACGAAGUCAUUUCAAUAAAUGAACUGUAAGGAUGGUUGGUUAAAAAAUAAGUUUAAUGCCAUGAAAACAGGGAUUGAUAUUUGUAACUACUCUCAAGUCUUCAUACAGUUCUGUUUUAUUUGCUGAAAAUGUGAGCAUGGUCACUCAAGAUAAAAAAAACAUUGUUUUAAAUACUUCAUUUAUUUUUUUAUUUUUAUACAAUGUAUUAAUUGCACUGGCACACUUUAUUUAGUCUGUGUAGGUAGAAAAUGUUUGAGUAAUAUAUUGCACAGGGAAAAAUAUAGUGCUGGAAACAGUUCACUUUUUUACAAUGAAAUGAAGAAUAUUAUAUGUAUAUGAUAUAGUACAUUGCUGUUUUAAGUUGUCAGAAACUUUGAAUUACAUCUCCAGGUCUACCAGUGUAUGGAUAUACCUUAUUUAAGAAUGGUUACACUUGUGAUUAUUAGUAGUAAGAACUUUUUUUAAACUAAAUACCUUGGUAUGUGUAUUUGUGUGCUUUAUAUAAAAUGUAAAUAUUAUUUUUAUAUUAUAUUCUUAUCAAAAUA